AUGAAUCUGGCGGAAUCAUCAGCGGAUAAAGCGAAAUGCCAACUUAUCGAACGUUUGCCGUACAAGUCGUCUCCAACUGAUCUUUCUGACUGGCAAAAUGCAGCAAAUACGCUUGCUUUCACCUAUGAACGUAUACUUCAACAACCAUCAGCAUCGUUCUGGAGUAGUGUUGUGUACAAUAAAACUAUCAUGGAGUCCUUCGAUGCUGUGUUGGAGGCUAUACCUAGGCGCUUCGAGUUUGAUGAGUAUCGAUUGAUCUUCUGUUGGGACGCUUCCGCUGCCAUGGCUGCGAGUCGUUUGUAUAAUUCUACACUCGCUCUCUUUCUUUGUGUAGCUGUUCACAAUAAAAAAUCGGAUCCAACACUUUUGCCAAAACAGUACCUCGAGUUUGUGCGAGACCGCGAUGUUAUGAAUAGCAGAAGAUUAGCUAGUGCUAUAUCUUUCUUCAGCAAGAACGGACAAAUAAUGGUCGAGAUCGUGAAAAAACGUGCUCUCGUGGAUCCGAGCUUUUCCCAUGACGUACGAAGAAUUUGUGGGGAGCUUGAGAAGAUGUUUCCGAGCUUAGAAAGAGACAUGACCGACUUGGUCGACAAGUUUCAUUUCCAAGAAGGUGUAGCCAAAGUAAAAGCUGCUCAAUCGAUUGACGAAUGGUUCUGUACCGCUUUGGCACUGUGCCAGGAGGGUAAUACUCUAAUGGAUGUGUUGUCACAAGCCGGAUUGGUCAAGGAUGCGAUCAAAACAGUGUCUGGAUUACCUGCUCUUGUGGAAGGUGUAGGAAAAUUGUUUACUACCGAGAUCGUAAUGGAUGUGGCGAUGACCCUGAGUGAUUACCCUUUGAGACGUCUUUUGCGUUUACGGACGCAAGUACAACAAUCUGCGGUUGAUUUGUACCACGCAGUGUUAAUCAGAACUCAAAAGGACCAAAAAGUAGCGACCAUUAUGUCUAUUUUGGAGUUGGAAAGGUUCAUAUAUCUGCUCAACGAGAAACAAAAUCUUAUGGAGCUUGUGGAAGGGUGCCAAAAAGAACAGAAAGAUUACAUAGAAAGAGCUCUCGAGGCCAUUUGUGAAUCGCAACGAGCCGAAGUUGUCAAAGAGCUGGACAAAUGCGGAUUGCUUACUGGUCUUGGCGAUGUUACUCUUCUCGACGAUGCAGGUCGUCAAGCGAUGGAGGAAAUGUCUCAGAUAUUUUCAAACUUGUCUGCGCAAUAUAUCCAUUUAUGCUUACGCCACUUCGGUUACGAUGCUACCAAAGCCAUCGAUGCAUUGCUGGCUCGUGACUCCUCACUUCCGCUGGCACUACGUCGAGUAGAAGCGGCGGAUCUAACGUCAAAAUCAAAUGCACCCCCAACACUGCCAGCAUUUUCGUUUGAGAACGAAGAGCUGUUAAUGUCGACGAUACUACGUCCAGAGCAAAGUGCUUCACAGCCAAAACCUGCUACCUCCCAGGGUCCGAAGGAACCGGAGGGGAGAAAUGUGUUUAGGGGUCUCAUUAGUCUCGCUCCUGUUGUACCUCCUCCUACAGCAAAGACCGAGCCUGCAGAAAAGCCCGUUAGUGAUGUAAUGAAGAAACUUCGAGAAGCUUUGGAAAGCUUGAAAUUACGUGCGUCUGGUAUAGAGAAUGCGUUUGAGCCUCAGUUUGGACUUAAUGGUGAACGAUUAGUUCCCAUGCCCACUGCUAAGAAGUAUGCUGGCAUCAAGAAACUGAAAAUAUCAGAAACAGAUAAAAUUGCGAUACGACCUUCUUAUGAGAAAUAUCGCUACGAAACGGCAGCUGAUGAUGAUGUCUAUGAUGAUGAGUAUGAUGAUGGUUAUGAGCAAAGAGAGUUCAAAGUUGAACCCCUGAAUGCACAAUCGACAUCGGAAGAAAGUGGCGAAGAAGAUUCGGAAGAAACAGAUAGCGCUCCAGCUCCUUCUCAGCAAGGAAAACCCACACGAGGAGGACGUGGUGGGGGUGUAACUACAUACUAUAGAAGAGGAGGUGGAGCCGGCACUCAAAAAACUGGAACAGGCGAUUCAUCGACUGCUACUACAACAAACGAAACGUCAAGAAGCGGCUACACCGGUGGCAGACAGCGACAGAUGAAAGAACGUCAUAAAAACGCCUUUAAGCAACGUGGCGCUGAUAGAAAAAUGCGCGGCGCAUACUAAUCGAUACAUCGAUCCAUGUUACCGAUCGAUACAUCGAUUGUUGUUUACAAAGCUGAAUAAAUAUCUAAUAUGUUUAUUUG